CAGAGGAGGUGUUUACAGGUACAUCCACACUGGCAUACUCGGGAAAAGGGGGCCCUGUGUGGCAUGGGAAUGAUGUCUUGAGCACAAAGGACAUGGAAAAGGUUCUAGAUGUCGUUUUCAUCUUGGUCUUUACAUGUAAGAGUGGCCAUUGGCAGCCUUGGGUCUCUGAAGCAAAAAAUGCCAGAGCGAAAAAGAGGUGGAGAUGAUGUGAAGGGGCGGUGGGAUAAACUGGGCAUCCCAUGGCUCUGGUAUCGGGCACCUGGGCGGCAAGGUCGUAGCCAUCAGGGGAGGGCUCCUUCAGAGGCUUGGAAGGAAGCAAGCCCAGUUAAAAAUAAAGAAAAUUAGCCCCUGUCUUCAAGGAGGAGAAGGUGGGGAGCUGUGGGCAGGUGAGCCUCCCCUCGACCCCUGCAGGGGUGAUGGGGCACGUCCUCCUGGGAACCAUUUGCAAGGAUGCGCCAGGAGAUGGGGUGGAUGAGGCUGUGUGUCCUGUGAUGAGGGGGGAAUGUCUGGUCUUGGAAGGCGGAUUUCUGGAAGGGCAUGUGGGAUAGGCCAGGGCACAGCUUCAUGGUUAACGGGAGUGCUUUUCCAUGCAGCACAGAAUUGUUCAGGUUGAAAACCCUUUGUGUGUGUGUGUAUGCACCCAUGCUCAAAAAGGGGUGAAAUACAUGUCAGACAAACACCGUUUUGCUGUGCACAAAUCCAGGCCUCUGCUCCCUGGGGUGGGGUCACACCGGGUGCCCAACUGUCCGAGAGACAGGGCUGGGGGGAACCUGCUCCCCAGCACCAGCUCUGGAGCACAAAAAGCUGUAAAAGCAGCAUCGAUUUGCAUCUCAUCACCCACGCAGAGUGGCUGUCCUGCUGUGCUGGCAUUGCUGGAUGUUAAACAUGACACCAUGCUGUGCAGGGAGCCAGGUUACCCCAGCUUCGCCUCCUUCCAUUAUCGUAAUUGCGGCUCUGCAACCCCAGCUGGUGCCCUGGGCAGAGGAGCAGCAUGACUGGGGCGAAGGCUUGGGAUGAAUAAUUCACUGCCUGGAAACAGAAUCUGCUGUCUUAAAACCAGUUGGUGCCCUGCUUUACAUCUGCUGCUGGGGAUCCACUUGUGAAAGGUGCCAGGGAAGCGCUGAGGAGCAGAGUCAGUGGCCACCUGCACGGUGGGAGCUGAGGGGAUGCUUCUGCACCCCUGCAGCAGGGACCUCUCUGCUGCUGCUGCUUUGUCUCCUGGCUCAUUUCCCUUAACAUCCUGGGACUUUAUUCUUGACAAGCAGGAAUAAUCUUUCUAUUCCUACUUGGAAUUCCUUGCUCUUUUACAGAGACCGGAGAAGCAGGUGGGUAAUGGGCUGUCCCUCGCUGUGCACUGCAGUCUCUCCACUCUGGUGUCCACAAUGUCCACCCUCAGCUCUUCCCACUGUCAGGGCCUUGGUGAGGUUCAGCCCCACACUUGCCUGGGACUCGGCUGUGAGUGAGAAGACAUCUCCCUUUCAGCCCUAGGGUUGUCUUUUCCAGAUCACUGUGGGCUUAGAUUGUUGGGAGCAAUCUCCCUCCCUGUAGCCCCUCAGGUCAGAGGUGACUAUGGAGGGCAGCUUCCAGCCCCUGAAGCUGCAGGCCAGGAGAGAAGCCACAGGCAGGAGCACACAGAGCCAAACAGCACUUGAGGAGCAACCUUGUCCCUGCCUGCUCUGGUCCAUCCCAUGGGCCUGGUCACCACAGUCCUGGCCCCAAGCUGCCUAGAGAAUGGGCUUUGGCCAGGAGGGUCUUGUAAUCUUAAAUGGCUUUAAAUUGGAGGAGGGGAAGAUUUAGAAUAGACAUUAGGAAGAAAUUGUUCACCAUGAGGGUGGUAAAGCACUAACCUAGAUUGCCUAAGGAAAUUGUGGUUGUCCUCUCCCUGUAGGUGUUCAACGCCAGGUUGGAGGGAGCUUGGAGCGCUCUGAUCCAGUGGGAGGUGUCCCUGCUCACGGCAGGGGGUGGAACUGGAUGGGCUUUGAGGUCCCUUCCUACCUAAACCGUUCUAUGAUUUGCUGUCUUCAGGGUGUGUGUGGCUGCUGGCAGAGCCCUCUCUGGGCUUGGGCAGCCAAUGGGCAGCAUGUGGCUGUCAGCACUGGCUCAGCUGCACCCAACCCCCCAGGUCCCAUCCCCUUGCCAGGUCCCAGACCCUCUGGGACUGCUCCCCACCGCAGUGCUCACUGCUCCGAAAUUGAUGCUCCCCGGGGGGCUGUGCCCCCUCCCCCCAAUCUCCCGUCACAUCCCAUCCCUGACGUCACCCCAGCACGUGCAGGUGGCUCAGCCCCACUUCUGUGUUCCCCGGGACCUGCACCGGGCGGGAGCACAGCAGGAUGGAGCCCAGAGCUCGCGGACUGCUCACCCUCUGCCUUGCCAGCUGCCUUCUGGCCCCAGGCUGCUGGGGGGCACAGGGCAGGGUCGCCUACAAGCUGCUCCACAACCUCUUUGCCAACUACUCCAGUGCCCUACGCCCUGUGGAGGACACAGACCGGGCGCUCAACGUCACUCUUCAGGUCACCCUCUCCCAGAUCAUCGACAUGGAUGAGAGGAACCAGGUCCUCACCUCCUACCUGUGGGUCCGCCAGGCCUGGCUGGAUGCCCACCUCACCUGGGACAAGGAUGCCUACGACGGCAUCGACAGCAUCCGCAUUCCCAGCAGCUACGUCUGGCGGCCAGACAUCAUCCUCUACAACAAUGCUGAUGACCACUUCGGUGGGUCAAUGGAGACCAAUGUGGUGCUGCGCUCUGAUGGGCUCAUCAUGUGGGACUCGCCUGCCAUCACCAAGAGCUCCUGCAAGGUGGACGUCUCCUACUUCCCCUUUGACGGGCAGCAGUGCCACCUCACCUUCGGCUCCUGGACCUACAAUGGGAACCAGAUUGACCUCCACAACCGCCUGGACACUGGAGACCUGAGAGACUUUGUGGAGAAUGUGGAGUGGGAGGUGCUGGGCAUGCCAGCCACAAGAAAUGUCAUCACCUAUGGCUGCUGCUCUGAGCCCUACCCUGAUGUAACCUACACCUUGCUCCUUCGCCGCCGGGCCUCCUUCUACGUCUUCAACCUGCUCCUGCCCUGCAUCAUGGUCUCUCUUCUAGCACCCCUCAGCUUCUACCUGCCUGCUGACUCAGGGGAGAAGGUGUCACUGGGAGUGACAGUGCUGCUGGCCCUCACAGUCUUCCAGCUGCUGGUGGCAGAGAGCAUGCCACCCUCAGAGAGCGUCCCACUCAUUGGGAAGUACUACAUUGCUACGAUGACCAUGAUCACAGCCUCCACUGCAUUGACCAUCUUCAUCAUGAACGUCCACCACUGUGGCCCAGGGGCCCGGCCUGUGCCUCCCUGGGCCAGGCGUCUCAUUCUCCACCACAUGGCCCAGCUCUGCUGUGUCUAUGAGGUAGGCGAGAGCUGCAAGACCCCUCGGCGGGUGCUGAGUGGACAGAUGGGCAAAAGGGAUGCUGGGGACUCAGGGGAAAGCCCUGUGGAAAGGGAGGAAGGUGCUGAGGUGGGGGGCUGCCCUAGAGACUGCUGCCUGUGUCACCAUGACAGCCUGCUGAGGAAUGUUGGCUACAUUGCCAGCUGCUUCCGGCACCACCGAGCAGCCCAGCGCCGGACCGGUGAGUGGAAGAAGGUGGCAAAGGUGAUGGACCGCUUCUUCAUGUGGGUCUUUUUCCUCAUGGUCAUUCUUAUGAGCAUGCUGGUCCUGGGCAAAGCUGCAUGAUGGCCCUGUGGACCCACCACCCUGAUGUACGCCCUGUCCACAACCUACCCCAGGGACGGUGGCGGCCAUGGGUACCCUCCCGUCUUCCACAAAGCUUCAGGGUGGGAGCUCCACCAUCCCUGGGGGAGAGGGCUGCAGCACCAGCGGGGGAGUGGGUAUUGCAUGGGGUGGGCAGUGAAGAGGUGUAGGACCCUUCUCUCCAUGGAGCCCUCUCUGGUCCUUGCAGCCCCAUCCAGGGCUCCACAGUGGAGGGAACACUGAGCAGAGCCUUUCCGUGGUUCGAGGCUUAUGUAGGUAUAAAGAUAUAGAGAUAGACCCCAAGGUCCCCAAGCCAUCCCAGAUGUUCCUGCAUAGUGAUGCAGCUUGAGGGUCUCAUGUCAACCCAAAACCAUACGUGAGUCCCAGCAGCGUCGCAAGCUGCAGCCACUGCUCCUGGCAGUGCCAGCCAUCUCCCACACCCUCCCACACUCCUACUGGCAUCUGCCACCCUGCCCAGCCAAGUUCUACAUCUGCUGCAGCCCCCCCCAAGACCACUCUAGCAUCUGACGGCCCCAGGGAGGAUUCCAAGGGAGUGGGGAAGCUCCUGCCUCACCCUCUGUGCGCUGGAUGGGAGGAGGCUGGUGCCUUGCAGGAAUGGAAGGAUCUGGUGCUCGAUGCCUUUGUUGAUAAACACGUGGGAUUCCCUGUGGGAAGGAAGGGGUGUAGGGUCCAGCCAGGACCUCUAGAGCCCACACAGCCCAGCCCAUAGUGGGGACCCUGCAGCUGUGUCCCUCUGCAGGAACUCAGGUGUUGGCAUAGCAUGGCAGAGCACAAUUGACGUUCAAAACCAAAGCAGGUGGGAACACGGGGCCAACGCAGCAGCUGGUGGCACUGGGUGUGGUCAGACCAUCAAUGGGCUCCUAGCCUCACUACCAAGCAGAAGUCAAACCCCCAACCCUCAUCACAGCAGUGCCUGAUCCCACCCAACCCACCGCGUACAGCCCCUGAUCCCACUCUGAGUAGCACUGGGCCACUGCUCCCCUGACACCCUUCCAUCCCCACGCCCUGACU